UCCUUUAAGAGUUUCCCGCCGGGGCGGGCUGGGCGCGGUCACGUGACGGGGCUGCAGCCGCCAUGUUGGGCCUGCUGGCACUGGUGGCGGCGGCCGCGGGCGGGCGGCAGGUGUCCAUGCAGUACAACCCGGGCUGGAACAGCUCCUCUGUCAACCUGCUGCACGUGCGGGCGGUGGGGCCCGCGGACACCCUGCACUUCAUCUGGAGCAGCAUCGGGGCCCCCGCGGUGCUGCUGGUGGUGUCGGGGAGCAGAAACAGCACCCUGGGCAUCGACUGGACGCGGCUGCUGUCUCCCGCUCCCGCUGGCGCUGUCUGGAUUGACCCUCCCAGCAGUGUCAUCUACUCCACCGCUGUUGUCUUCACCAAGGUGUUUGAGUACAGCGAGGCCAAAACAGAAGAGCUCUUCUACCCCACGUACGACCUGUCUGACUUCUCCUGGGACAGCGUCAAUCGCACCCUGAACCACACGGCCCUGACGGCCGAAUUCACGGGCAUCCCAACCGCUGACCCCAGCGGCAGCUUCUCCAAUGGCAGCUUGGCCUUUCGGGUGACAGCCUACGAGGCCAGCAGCCGCGACGGGCCCCUGCCCAGCCUCCUGCACACGGCAAACAGCUCCAAAGUGGAGUUUGUCCUGGCUGGGGUGGCUCCACGGGGCAACAGCUCCCGCUUUGUGCUGGAGGUGGCAACGGUGGAGGAGACGGGGGUGGCGCAGAAGCUGCGGUCAACACGCUCCAUCGAUGACGAGUACACUCCCACCAUCUUCGAGACUCUCUCCCUGGUCGCCGAGUCCCGAAACGGCAGCUCUGCACGCAGCUUCCUGCAGUGGAAGGCGACAGCGUACGGGUCCCCGAGCCCGCGGCGCGAGGACAACAUCCAGUGCCGCUCUCAGGGGCUGCAGGCGGCCAACUGGACCCUGCCCGUCUCCAGCAUCGUCCGCGCCUACUUUGGGGAGGGUGCGGGCAGCACCUACACCGUCAGCGCCAUCAAUAUUUCUUUUGGAGGAGAGGAUGGGAAGGUUUACCAGGAAAAGCGCUACCUCAGCUGGUCCGUGCUGCUGGGCUUUGGGCAGCCCCCCCAGGACACCUUCUCCCCCCUUGUCAUCUCCAUCAUGGCCGUGGCGCUGGGCACCCCCCUGCUGAUGCUCCUGGUGGGCAGCUGCGCGCUCCUCUUCACCCAGGGGAAACGCUACUCUGACUACGAGCCCAUCAAUUGAGGGGGACGGUCCCCGAAGGACCCCCCGGGAUCCUUCUCGCCAUGAAACGCCCGUGGCUGCCGCGGGGAUCCCACGCCUGCGAUCCCCGUCCUCCCCUCUGAUCACCAGGGCAAUAUUUGCAGCAGCCACCCGUGUUGUACAUCCCUCCGUCCUGUUCCCCCUUGCUGCCCGGAUCCUGCAGCCGAUUCCUUUUCUUCUUCUGUUUAUUCCUGAUCCAUCCAGCCAAGGGGGAGCUGCCUUGACCCGCAGCGAGUCCUCCAUGGGAUAAACCCGCUGUGUCGGUGUGUGCAGCCCAGCGGGAGCUGGGACUGGCUGUGCCUUGUCCUGUGCCGCUUCAGGGCACUCAGGGCUGGGGGACAGGGCUGGGGACCAGUACCGCGGUGCUGAGGGCACUGCGCUGCUGCUCACUGUGCUGGGGGCACCCUAAACCAGCCCUCUGGCUCACACUCAGUCCCCCCUUCUGCUGCACUGGCCUCGCUGGCACGAGAGGGAAACCCAGUGCUGCUUUGCAACCACUUCUUGAGCUCAGGGACGUCGCGUUGGCCCCCAAAGGGCCAAUCCGGCCUUGUUGUGGGUGAGCUGCACCCACUGGCCGUGCAGGGCUGCUUGGAGGUGCCGUGUGGGUGCUGGAAGCCGCGGGGUAAGCGCGGUCUGGGGCUGCUCGGUGUUUGUUGGCACCGCGUCACUUGGGAGCGUGCUGGGUUGUCGUGUUCUUCAUCACUGACUUGUCUUUGACCGAAUAAAGCGGAUUUCUAAGCA